CCCCCAUUCCAGCCCCCUGGCUGGGAGGGCGGACGCCCGCUCGUGAUUAGCUGCUCUGCCUGCCUCUCGCAGGAGCGGUUGGCACUUCUUCCCCCUCUCCCCUCUCCCGCCAGCCUCGAGGUUCCUGAGCUGGCCCAGGCCGAGUCAGUGUCAGUCAGGGAGGCGGACUGCUGAGCAGUGGGUGCGAACACUGCGUUGCAGUCUCGCCCAGGGGCCGGUGCCUGCGCUCGCGCCGCCGGGUGGGAAGGAUGAAGCUGCAGCUGGAGCAGCCACCCUAUGAUUGGCUGGGGCACUUGUGAACCCGAAGUAAAGAUGGCGGGCGGGCAGGCAGCCGCCGCACUGCCCACUUGGAAGAUGGCGGCGCGCCGCAGCCUCAGCGCUCGCGGCCGGGGGGUCCUGCAGGCGGCGGCUGGACGGCUGUUGCCACUGCUUCUGCUGAGCUGCUGCUGCGGCGCGGGCGGCUGCGCAGCGGCGGGCGAGAACGAGGAGACUGUGAUCAUCGGGUUGCGGCUGGAGGACACGAACGACGUGUCGUUCAUGGAAGGGGGGGCGCUGCGGGUGAGCGAGCGGACCCGGGUCAAGCUGCGGGUGUACGGGCAGAACAUCAACAACGAGACAUGGUCCCGCAUUGCUUUCACAGAGCAUGAGCGGCGGCGCCACAGCCCGGGCGAGCGCGGGCUGGGGGGCCCUGCGCCGCCGGAGCCGGACAGCGGCCCCCAGCGCUGCGGCAUCCGCACAUCAGAUAUCAUCAUCUUGCCCCAUAUCAUUCUCAAUCGCCGUACAUCAGGCAUCAUUGAGAUCGAGAUCAAACCGCUGCGCAAGAUGGAGAAGAGCAAGUCCUAUUACCUGUGCACGUCGCUCUCCACGCCAGCCCUGGGCGCCGGCGGCCCGGGGUCUGCGGGUAGCGCCGUCGGGGGCAAGGGCGGCUCCGGGGUGGCCGGGCUCCCGCCGCCCCCGUGGGCCGAGACCACCUGGAUUUAUCACGACGGCGAGGACACCAAGAUGAUCGUGGGGGAGGAGAAGAAGUUCCUGCUGCCUUUCUGGCUGCAGGUGAUCUUCAUUUCGCUGCUUCUGUGCCUAUCGGGCAUGUUCAGCGGCCUCAACCUGGGACUCAUGGCCCUGGACCCGAUGGAGCUGCGCAUCGUGCAGAACUGCGGCACGGAGAAGGAGAAGAAUUACGCCAAGCGCAUCGAGCCCGUGCGCAGGCAGGGCAACUACCUGCUGUGCUCGCUGCUGCUGGGCAACGUGCUGGUCAACACCACGCUCACCAUCCUGCUCGACGACAUAGCUGGCUCAGGCCUCGUGGCGGUGGUGGUCUCCACCAUCGGCAUCGUCAUCUUCGGGGAGAUCGUGCCCCAGGCCAUCUGCUCCCGGCACGGCCUGGCUGUGGGGGCCAACACCAUCUUCCUCACCAAGUUUUUCAUGAUGAUGACCUUCCCCGCCUCUUACCCCGUAAGCAAGCUGCUGGACUGCGUCCUGGGCCAGGAGAUAGGCACCGUCUAUAACCGGGAAAAACUGCUGGAGAUGCUCCGGGUCACAGACCCCUACAACGACCUUGUAAAGGAGGAGCUGAACAUCAUCCAAGGGGCGCUGGAGCUCCGCACCAAGACCGUGGAGGACGUGAUGACUCCCCUCCGGGACUGUUUCAUGAUCACCGGCGAAGCCAUUCUGGACUUCAACACCAUGUCGGAGAUCAUGGAGAGCGGCUACACUCGGAUUCCAGUAUUUGAGGGGGAGCGCUCCAACAUCGUGGACCUCCUCUUUGUCAAAGACUUGGCCUUCGUGGAUCCAGAUGACUGUACUCCCCUGAAAACCAUCACUAAAUUUUAUAACCACCCCUUGCACUUUGUUUUCAAUGACACCAAGUUGGACGCUAUGCUGGAAGAAUUUAAGAAAGGUAAAUCUCACCUGGCUAUUGUGCAGCGAGUAAACAAUGAGGGAGAGGGGGAUCCAUUUUAUGAAGUUCUGGGAAUUGUCACAUUAGAGGAUGUGAUUGAAGAAAUCAUCAAAUCUGAGAUUCUAGAUGAAACAGAUUUAUACACUGAUAACAGAACGAAAAAGAAAGUGGCCCAUCGAGAAAGAAAGCAAGAUUUUUCUGCCUUUAAGCAGACAGACAGCGAGAUGAAGGUUAAAAUAUCACCACAGCUUCUCCUGGCCAUGCACCGUUUCCUAGCAACAGAAGUAGAAGCAUUUAGCCCAUCCCAGAUGUCAGAGAAGAUCCUUCUAAGGCUGCUAAAGCACCCCAAUGUCAUCCAGGAACUGAAGUAUGAUGAGAAGAACAAGAAAGCCCCAGAAUACUACCUCUACCAGCGAAACAAACCUGUAGACUACUUCGUUCUCAUUUUGCAGGGGAAAGUGGAAGUAGAAGCUGGGAAAGAAGGUAUGAAGUUUGAAGCCAGUGCUUUUUCAUACUAUGGUGUAAUGGCCCUUACAGCCUCCCCAGUUCCUUUGUCCCUGUCUCGUACCUUUGUUGUCAGCAGAACAGAGUUGUUAGCAGCAGGUUCUCCAGGUGAAAACAAGUCACCUCCUCGCCCAUGCGGCUUGAAUCACUCGGACUCUCUCAGUCGCGGUGACCGGAUUGAUGCGAUAACGCCGACGUUGGGGAGCAGCAACAAUCAGCUCAGCUCUUCGUUCCUCCAAGUCUACAUCCCUGACUACUCGGUGCGAGCCCUCUCCGAUCUCCAGUUUGUUAAGAUCUCAAGACAGCAAUACCAAAAUGCCUUGAUGGCAUCCCGGAUGGACAAAACUCCUCAGUCUUCAGACAGUGAAAACACUAAAAUUGAAUUGACUCUUACGGAGCUGCACGACGGGUUGCCAGACGAGACGGCCAACCUGCUCAACGAACAGAACUGUGUGACGCACAGCAAGGCCAACCACAGCCUGCACAGCGAAGGCGCCAUCUAGAGCACCGGCCUCGGCCUCCGCGUCUGACCGUGAAUCCCAUUAGUGUGCGCUUGUGUGCCAUGCUGCAUCCUGCACCAUCCUGAGACCAAAGACUUUGUCCCCUUCCUGGAAGCAGCAGAGGAGGCCGGGGAGGGCAGGAAUGGAAACUGGAGAUGUGAAAUCGACAGCCAGGGCGUGGCAUUCGAGAUUAUGGAGAUGAAUUUCUUCCACCCAAAUAGAAUCAUGUUUAUUU